AUGUCGUCGGUCAAGGCGCACCUCCGAAGCGCCUCGGCCUUGAAGAACAUAUUCAACAAACUGCCGCCGCACAUCACCGACGCGCUCUCCAUACCCCGCGAGAAGAUCGGUCCGGCCGGCGAUCAUCUGCUCAGCCAACUUCUCGACCUCUAUUGGGCGGCAGUAGAAAGAGACCUGGAACACAUCACCCGUGCCUUACGUGUAUGGCAGCAGGAAAGAUACGAUGCCUUGCCUGAGGAACUUGACCCUCCCCUUCAUGGUUUCGAUUCCUUUCCCGAUCAGGUGAGCGGGAAUCGUCGACAGAGUGCUUGGACGAGGGCGUCACCUUGGAAACCAGCAGGAUAUGAAAAAAAGAAGACGACGAAAGGGUCCUCCGCCCCCUCCAUCCCCGUGGUCAGGUUCACACAGAAGAAGUGCGGCUUGGGGAACCUUGCGAACUGCAUCGCGGAAGCCAAGUUCGACACGACGAGAAAAAAGCAUGACAAGAAUCUUAGUCUGGCAGACUAUGCCGCCAAAAUGGGAGAUGAUACACUGACUGCUGUUUCGAAGGAACUGACUUACAAGCAUCUGACCUCUCAAGACGAGUCGAGCUAA